AUGUUUUCUAGUUUGGUUUGUGUUGAGGGUCAAGCUUAUGAAGAUAAGCGAUGUCGUUGUGUGUGUCCAAGUCCAGCAGAGGUACUCAACAGUUCUUUGAGCAAGGAUCGAAAACUGUUUACUGACUAUGUACCACCCAACAAAUGUAACUGCUAUGGCGUUAUAUUACCUCGAAUGGGCGAAGAGAUAAUUGCACGAGCCCAAGAGUUUUGUCCUCGAUGUGAAUGCAAGUAUGAGACCAGGAAUACUACUAUAAUAAUGGUGGUUGUGAUAAUGGUCUUAUGGGUCUUAAUGCUGUUAACCGUGUAUCUACUGUUCCUGAUGUGCUUAGAUCCGCUGAUUAAUAAGAGACGCGUAAAGCAGUAUAUGGAACGUGACACAGAAGAGGCACGAAACCUACUCUUGAACGAGGAAGUGGAAUAA